CGAAAGCUAUCUUCGAGUUUCGCCUCACGACCGGCUGAUAUAUGUAAUAUACCGAGUAUGAAAACCUAGAUCCUCAUUGAAUAUCCUUACCAUCUUCGAGUCUUGGAAGCUGGUAUUCACCUUCCGACAAGAUAAUGAAAGCUGUCACAGCAUCAGCGCUAUUGGCGCUCAUCGCCGCAGUCGAAGCGCAUCCCGCACAUCGCGCUCACCCCAAAGCCCGCGAUGUCGAUACCCGUUAUCCAUACACCGGGCCAGCAAUUCCCGUCGGCGACUGGCUUGACCAGACGGUCAACGGCAACGGCAAAGGCUACAAGCGAAUCGUCGAACCUCCAGCCGUCAAGCCCAAGUCGAGCAGACCGACCAACAAUGUCAAUGUCAUUUCGACCUCGUUCGUGCCGGGAGGGAUGAACAUCCAUUUCCAGACGCCGUUUGGUCUCGGCAAGGCGCCGACUGUGUUUUGGGGUUCGUCUACGUCAAGUUUGAAGAACGUCGCCACGGGUAGAUCGACCACAUAUGAUCGCACGCCUCCUUGCUCCGCCGUGGACGUUGUGUUGUGCAGCCAGUAUUUCCACGAUGUUCAGAUCACAGGAUUACACCCUGGAAGCACAUAUUAUUAUCAGAUCUCAGGUGCAAACGGUACCACCACUUCCGAUGUGUUGAGCUUCAAGACUGCUCGUGCCGUCGGCGACAGCGGAUCUUUCUCCGUCGCGGUCCUGAACGACAUGGGCUAUACGAAUGCGCAAGGAACCCAUCGCCAACUCGUCAACGCCGCGAAUGAUGGUGUUGCGUUCGCGUGGCACGGUGGCGAUAUCAGCUAUGCUGAUGACUGGUCUGACGGCCUCCUGCCUUGCCAGCUUACUGGACCGGACUCCAACCCAUUGUGCUUCAACGGCACCGACUCAACCAUUCCCAACACCCCUCCUGCUCCGAGGCCCAAGGAAUACAACACUCCCCUGCCGAAGGGUGCAAAGCCGAACCAGGGUGGACCGUACGGCGGUGAUAUCAGUGUGAUCUAUGAGAGCAAUUGGGAUCUAUGGCAACAGUGGCAGAACGCCAUCACCACCAAGAUUCCUUACAUGGUUCUCCCGGGCAACCACGAAGCGGCCUGUUCUGAGGGCGACGGUCCCGGAAAUCCUUUGACUGCAUACCUGAACAACAACCAGACAAACUCGACCGCCCCCGAGUCGGGACUCACAUAUUACAGCUGUCCUCCCACCCAGAGGAAUUACACCACCUACCAACACCGUUUCCGCAUGCCUGGCAAGGAGUCUGGUGGCGUGGGUAACUUCUGGUACAGCUUCGACUAUGGUAUGGCACACUUUGUGGCCAUUGAUGCCGAGACCGACUUUCCCUACAGUCCCGAAUCCCCUUUCCUGCGCGAUACAAAUGGCCAGGGAAAUAAGCCCACCAAAGAACAAACUCAAAUCACCAAUUCAGGUCCAUUCGGAAAGAUUGACAACGAUCAAUGGAAGAACAACACCGCCUACCAACAAAUCCAAUGGCUGAAGAAAGACCUGGCCAACGUCGACCGCAAAAAGACCCCAUGGGUCAUCGCCAUGAGCCAUCGACCCAUGUACAGCACCGACGUGGCGGCAUUCCAGGCCAACAUCCGAAACGCCUUCCAGGAGAUCCUGAUCGAUGCGGGUGUCGACAUGUACCUCGCCGGGCACAUCCACUGGUACGAGCGCAACUGGCCGCUCACCAUCGACGGGACCAUCGACCAGGCCGCGAUCAUCGACAAGAACACCUAUGCCGUCAACCCGGGCAAGUCGCUGGUCCAUAUCACCAACGGAAUGGCAGGAAACAUCGAAUCCCACAGCUUCCUCAAGAACGGUACCCCCAUCCGCAACACCACCGCCGUCCUGAACCAACAAGACUACGGGUUCAGCAGAUUGACCUUCAAGGACGCCAACACUCUGACCUGGGAGUUCGUCAAGGGGGAUGGUUCCGGCAUCGGCGACUCGUUGACCGUGCGGAAGGACAAGGCCACCCCUACCGCCGCCGCCGCUGCUGCUACGUAUCCUGCACGCGCGUCCGGGCCGGCGAUCUGGCAGUGGCCGUGGGGAGGACGGCGGAAUUGGUCGAUGUAGACGGGGAGGAACCGCAUGUAUCUCCCCCUCGCACACCCUGAUUUUUAGCUUUUGGAAGAAGGGGGAAAAAGCGGUGGGGCGUGCAAGUGAGAAUUUCCCCCGACGGGGAAGACGACGGUCUGGAUGUAUGUUGAAUCGAAAUUCUAUAUCUGCUCGUCCAUCGAGAGCGAUCCAGCUCUUCAGUCCUGUUCUCCUCCGUGGCAAUCACAUCAUGUAGUCCGUAGAUCCAGCCCGUUAUGUUCGCUUUUGUCCCAACUUGCGCCCGAGAGAAGGGGCUUUUCCAUCCCCAGCCCCCAUCGAGAAUCGUACAUGGGACAAAGAUUCAGUUCCCUAUAUCCCAAGCCUCUCUCCCCUCCCCCC